AUGAUUGUUUCAGAAAUUUAUUUAAAACUCUUUGUUUAUUUCAGGCCACACAAUUUCAUUGACCCAAAUAUUCCUGAUAUGACCCAGUUUACAAGUGUUGAAGAAUGGUUAAUUUCUAUCAAAAUGGAACGUUAUAUAGACAAUUUCAUACAUGCUAACUAUUUCACCAUGGACCAAAUAUCACGUAUCACCGUCAAAGACUUAAUUAAUCUCGGCAUAAACCUUGUUGGACACCAGAAAAAAAUUAUGAAUAGCAUUCAAACUUUACGUGCCCAGAUUGCAGGCACCCAAAUGUCUGAAGGUUUCCUUGUAUAG